AUGUCAUUUAAAGCUGUCAUCACCACAACUUUGCAGCAAUCUAUAUGGUCGAAAGCUAUUCAUACUUUAUCAACUAUUAAUCAAACGAUUAACUUUACAAUCACUUCCAAUGAGCUUCUAAUAUGGACUAUGAAUUCAACAGACACCACAAUGUGUCAGAUCAGCCUGUAUGCAGAAUUUUUUGACGAGUACUGUUUUGAGCCAGGCAUGAUAGUGUUUGGGGAGGAGGGAGUUCAGCUAAUUGAAGACGUGAAAGGCUGGCAACAUAAAUUAUACUCGUUCCAAAUAAAUGGUCGUCAUCUUUCCUUAUUAGCUCGAAAACCAGAUAGUGAUCCUAUUAAAAAGUAUACAAUUCUAAUCAACAACACCUCUACGUGCCCUGAAUCGAUGGUGAAUAAGCUGCAGAUAGGCAUAUAUACCGAGUCACUUAUAACCAAAGAGUUUUCUCCUGGGUUUAAUCCUAUAAAGUAUGAUCCGAUUGUAAUAGAUCUCAAGUAUAAGAAACGAUUCCUUGAUAUAUAUGCUACAAGUGCUGAAUCACAAGAGAGUGAGAUGCUUGAUCCCAGGCUAGUAGGUGUUUUUGAAGUUGUAAGACGACAAUUGGAUAAUGCGAAGUUUAAUCAAAGUAUUGCAGCAAUUCAAAGACCAAAGGUACUACAGCCUGAGAAUGAAAUCAAUUUCAUUAGUAUGGAUAGUACUAUAUGGAAGAACUUUAUCGCAACCUGCACAGCAAGCACAGAAGAAAUUAAGUUAGAUCUAAACAUUAACAAAAUGGUUAUUACAGCAUUCUCGAAGGGGAUUUACAAUUUGAGGAAACAAGACGUUUUGAAGCAGGCAAUAUCUAUGAGUAAUUCCAUUGACACACAAGAUUUAGAGCAUUACUGCCUUUUUAACACAACAGAAGGUCAUGAACGAGAUCCCAAAAACCUUCCAACCAAGCAGAUAUCGUUCAAAUUAAAAGAUUUUAAGAAUUUCUUUACAGUUAACCAGGCAUGGAAAGGUAGCUGUAUUGUUAAUUGCUGGUUCUGCAUGCCUGGUGAUCCAGUAUUUUUUGAAAUUGAUCGUGACGAGGUUAAGCUGACACUGGUACAGAUCACUGACGAUGUCAGUAUUAAUGGACUCGCUCAGCAAAAGAAAACUAUUCAACCGGUUGCAAGAUCACCUAAGAAAACAGCCAAUUUGUUGGAUAAAGCAACUUCAGAAGCCCACAAAAUGCGCGCAGGGAGUACGCCUCCUGCCGAUAGUGCGUCAAGUCUACCAGUGAGACGCAAUUGGCACCGCAACCCUGUACAGAGUAAACUAUUCCUGGAAGAUGAAGAAGACUACGAGGGUGGAGUAAAUAUUACACAAGAUCAGUUAGAGCAGCGAAUGUCAUCUCUUCCAGGCAGCAGGGCAUUGAAGCGGGCUGCAACAACUGUUGCAUGGGGAGCGACAGAAUCUAGAGACGACAGUCCUCACGAAGAUCAAAUCACUAUCCUUAAGAAGGAGAAACAAAAGUUUCUGGAGCACUUGAAGGUACGAAAACUUGAAAACAAGAAUCAUAAAAAUGUUGCUGCCGAUAACGAGGAUACGCGCGACACACAGGGCACAGAUUUAGGACCAACUCAACAGUCUUUACCCAAAGGAUUAUUUGAUAAACUGGAUAUGAUGUGA